UGGGCUCUUUUCAACUUCUCCCAGCCAGUGCUGCUGGCCGCGGGCCUCUUCUCCCCGGAGCUCUGGGACAGCCUGAGCCAGCGCCGAGCCCCCUACGGCUGGCAGGGGAUCCCCCGCCGAGACAUCGCCUCCACCCUGAGCCUUCUGAACAGCUCAGACAACGCCCAGCUCUUAGGCUCCAGGGAGCCACGCAGGGACUGCAUCCGGUGCGCUGUGGUGGGUAAUGGGGGCAUCCUGAACGGCUCCCGCCAGGGUCCCAACAUCGACGCCCACGACUACGUGUUCAGACUCAAUGGUGCUGUGAUCAAAGGCUUCGAGAAGGAUGUGGGCACCAAGACCUCCUUCUACGGUUUCACUGUGAACACGAUGAAGAACUCGCUCAUCGCCUACAGAGCAGCGGGCUUCACCUCCGUGCCGCGAGGACAGGACCUGCGCUACAUCUUCAUCCCCUCAGACCUCCGUGACUAUGUGAUGCUGAGAUCAGCCAUUCUGGGUGUGCGCGUCCCCAGUGGCAUCGAUAAAGGUGACAGGCCUCAGACCUAUUUCGGACCAGAAGCCUCUGCCAGCAAAUUCAAGCUACUCCAUCCAGCCUUCAUCAGCUACCUGACGGAGAGGUUUUUGAAAUCAAAGCGGAUUAUCUCAAAAUUUAAAGACUUAUAUAUGCCUAGUACCGGGGCCCUCAUGCUGCUGACAGCGCUACAUGCCUGUGACCAGGUUAGUGCCUAUGGAUUCAUCACGAGUAACUUCUGGAAGUUUUCCGACCACUACUUCGAUCGAGUUAAGCAGCCACUGGUGUUCUAUGCAAAUCACGACCUGUCCCUGGAGGCAGCUCUGUGGUGGGACCUGCACAAGGCCGGCAUCCUGCAGCUGUACCAGCACCGAGGUUGAUUCUUGCUGAGCUGGGGGCCAAGUCCCCGAGACCCACUCCUUCCCUCAGGUGACACUGAGGUGUGUGACUACCACCGAAGCCUGUUCAUUGUGAAACACCCUAUCUUGCCCUUGGUUCAUUCAAGAAAGCUCCCACGUCUGAGUGUGCGCGCACCC